AAGAAUUUCGAUGAAUAUACAUAUAAAAAAAAAUACUAUACUACACAAUGCAGGGAAUAUCCGAAUUUCGCACGGGGAGCAUUUUUUAACGUUCACCAGCCAUCUUUGAUCAUUCCUCUAAAAAGAUGGUGACUGCAUCGUCCCUGCUGAACACGUGGUCGGUCGUCAAUCCAUCCUUAACUUCUCCAAACAAACCUCGGCGAGUCAAAAGACGCGCAGGGAUGGCAUUUGCAAGCGUUGGUAGCUCAGAAAAUCCUUGUUUGGGUAUCAAAGUUACACAUGGCCAAGGAAAUCUGCCCAAGGUCAUUUUGACUUCUUCCCAUGGCAGCGAGGCAGAGUUAUACUUAUUUGGAGGUUGUGUCACUUCUUGGAAAGUAGCCAAUAAAGAUUUCCUUUUUGUUCGGCCAGAUGCUGUGUUCAAUGGACAGAAGCCAAUCAGCGGAGGAAUUCCUCAUUGUUUUCCACAGUUUGGACCCGGCCCAAUGCAGCAGCAUGGAUUCGCAAGGAAUAUGAACUGGUCUAUUGUUAAUUCCGAAAAUGUGGAAGGAAAUCCUAUUAUCACUUUGGAGCUCAAGGAUGGUCCAUAUAGUCGUUCUAUGUGGGACCAUACUUUCCAAGUUCUGUACAAGGUGACUCUGGAUAAAAGGACCCUGUCGACAGAAUUAAAAGUUACAAAUACUGACCAGAAGCCAUUUUCAUUUACAACUGCCCUGCAUACAUAUUUCAGUGCUUCUGUAACUGGAGCAUCAGUUAGAGGUUUAAAAGGUUGUAAAACACAUAACAAAGAUCCUGAUCCGAAGAACCCAAUUGAGGGUCAGGAGGAAAGGGAUUUAGUCACAUUUCCUGGAUUUGUAGAUUGCAUAUAUCUUAAUGCUCCUAGUAAAUUGCACCUGGAUAAUGGCCUUGGUGAUACAAUACUCAUCGAGAAUACUAAUUGGUCAGACACUGUACUAUGGAAUCCACAUCUGACAAUGGAAGCAUCUUACAAAGACUUUGUUUGUGUUGAAAAUGCCAAGAUUGGACAAGUUCAGCUAGAGCCUGAACAAUCUUGGACUGCAAUACAACUUCUCAGUGUUGCUUGAAGUCAGAAAGGAGUAUCCCUUGUGGGGUUUGUCCCGUCAUCUGAUACUGUUUUGACUGAGGUAACAUGCCAGCUGGUAUCACACAUUCUUCGUGGAGCUACUUAUAAUGUGAUGCGAGAAUUUGGACGACAUGCUUGUCCUUCUAAAUAAUCUUGACAUCAGAAACGAUAUUAUGCUAUUGUUGGAUAAGAAAUUGUCGGAAUAUUUAAAUAUGUGAAUUUGCACAAGUAAAUCAAGUUCCUUCUUACUUCCCAUUCUAAUCAUCUGUAAAGGUUUAGAACUCAAAUUGCCUUGGCAUCCUAUUAUUAUUAUUUCCUUCACUUUUUCAGGAUGA